AAGAAGAGGCCCAAGAUUUCCCUGCUCACCCUGGCAUUGGUCUUGCAUUUGGAGCAUCAAAGUUUGCAAACAUUUUGUGCUGCAAAGAAACUAGAGUGAUGUCAGCGGAGGAUGAUACCGGCGGAGAGGCUCCCGGUGGCAGUUUCUGGGAGCCUGGCAAUUACAAGAGGACAGUGAAGCGGGUGGAUGAUGGAAACCGGUUGUGCAAUGACCUUGUCUCCUGCUUCCAUGAGAGAGCCAAAAUUGAGAAGAGCUACGCUCAACAGCUAACAGAUUGGUCCCGCAAAUGGAGGACGUCUGUAGAAAAAGGACCUCAAUAUGGCACUUUGGAAAAAGCCUGGCAUGCAUUUCUGACUGCUGCAGACAAACUUAGCGAGAUCCAUCUAGAAGUACGGAAUCGUCUAGCUGGUGAAGACUCAAACAAGAUCAAGGCUUGGCAGAAGGAAGUCUUUCAUAAGCAGUUGAUCGGUGGCUUUAGAGAGACAAAGGAAGUUGAGGAUGGAUUUCGCAAGGCCCAGAAGCCCUGGGUGAAAAAGUUAAAGGAGGUGGAAAGUUCCAAAAAGAAUUACCAUGCUGCUCGAAAAGAGGAGAAAACUGCACAGACACGAGAGAAUCAUGCCAAAGCAGAUGCUUCCACAUCCCAGGAGCAGCUCCGCAAACUGCAAGAACGAGUGGAGAAAUGUUCACAAGAAGCGGAGAAGAGCAAGGAUCAUUAUGAGAAGAUGCUGGAGGAGUUAAACCGCUACAAUCCUCGCUACAUGGAGGACAUGGAGCAGAUGUUUGAAGGCUGCCAGGAAGCAGAGUGCAGACGUCUGUGUUUUUUCAAAGAGAUGUUCUUGGAUAUGCACAACCAUCUGAACUUGUCUGUCAAUGACAGGUUCCAUGCACUUUAUCGAGAUUUGCAUCAGGGAAUAAUGGCAGCAGAUGACCAAGAGGAUCUGAAGUGGUGGCGCAGUACCCAUGGACCAGGCAUGGCUAUGAACUGGCCUCAGUUUGAGGAAUGGUCUCUGGAAGCACAGCGGGCAAUCGUCAAGGAGAAAAGUGGCAAAAGUGGUGAAGAUGUCACUCUGACCAGCAUUGUGCCUGCAGGAGAUGGUGUGAAAGAGACCCCUCCAGCAACCAAACAGAGGUUUUCACAUCGAGAGGAACAAAACAGCCACUUCUAUGACAACCUGAGAGCUUCAGCCUGUAUGAAUGGCGGGAAAGAAGAAAUCUCAGAGUGGUCAGAUGAGGAUACUCCCAAGAAGUGCCUGGAGGUCAAUGGGCAUGAGGAAGAUAUAAAGGUACCAGGUGUGCGAGUGCGAGCACUGUAUGAUUACGCAGGACAAGAGGCUGAUGAACUGAGCUUUAAAGCAGGAGAAGAGCUCAUGAAAAUCAGCGAAGAGGAUGAACAGGGAUGGUGCAAAGGUCGGCUUCAGACCGGUCAGGUUGGACUGUAUCCUGCUAACUAUGUAGAAAAGGUCAUUUUGUGAUUGCUUCUUCCCUCCCAUCACUGCAACCACCUGACAAAGUGUAUUGUGUGAUGAGUUUUUGCUGAGGUCCCAAAUCACGGGCUUCCAACUUGCAUACAAAAGAAACAAAUGAAAUAAUCUGGACCUUUCCGGGGAUAUUCUUUUCUUGUAACCAGUGCUUCAUUUUAAACAUCUAGAAAUAUGCUGAUUUUUUUUUUCUAAUAAAGAAAUAUAA